CCGCAGCCGGCCCGCGCUCCGCGUUCUCCCGCAGCUCGUCCUUCGCGUCCGCUGCCGCCACCUCCACCGACCGCAAUGGAAGAGGAGAUCGCCGCCCUCGUCAUCGACAAUGGCUCUGGCAUGUGCAAGGCGGGCUUUGCUGGGGAUGACGCCCCCCGGGCCGUGUUCCCGUCCAUCGUCGGGCGACCCCGACACCAGGGUGUGAUGGUGGGCAUGGGCCAGAAGGACUCCUACGUGGGCGACGAGGCCCAGAGCAAGCGGGGCAUCCAGACCCUCAAGUACCCCAUUGAGCACGGCAUUGUCACCAACUGGGACGACAUGGAGAAGAUCUGGCACCACACCUUUUACAACGAACUGCGAGUGGCCCCCGAGGAG